GCCGGCGGGCUGGAAGCGAGUUGGGGCGCCGGCGGGUCCUCGGACUGUGCCACGCCUCGAGGGUCUGCAGCACCCACACUCCGGCAGCGAAGAGUCGGCAUGGCAGCACCCAGGAACCCCCCGACGGCUCGGGAGCGGCCUCGAGCUGCAGUUGCUGCAGGCAGCGGCCCAAUUCACUCCUGGAUUCUGGUUGCCAGGCAAGCCUUGGACACUGCCUGGAGAACAGCCACAGGGCCUGUGGGCCUGGUGACCUCCUUCCUGGUGGCCUCUCUCUGCUACUUGAGGAGACUGCAGCUGUAUUUCGGGCACCAGCUGAAAUGGUGGAUUGGCUACCUGCAGAGAAAAUUCAAAAGGAACCUGAGCGUGGAGGCGGAAGUGGAUUUGCUCAGUUACUGCAGCAGAGAAUGGAAAAGAGACACGCCCCAGGCCAUGCUGAUGAGGAAGGCAUAUGAAGAGCUAUUUUGGAGGCACCAUGUCAAAUGCAUUCGGCAGGUCAAGAGUGACCACUAUGCAGCACUGAGAUCCGUGCUGUUCCAGGUUCUCAGCCAGGGCCUCCCUUUCCCAUCGUGGAUGAAGGAAAAGGACAUCGUUAAGCUUCCUGAAAAGCUGCUCUUUUCACAAGGCUGCAAUUGGAUCCAACAGUACAGCUUCGGUCCUGAGAAGUACACAGGCUCGAAUGUGUUUGGAAAAUUACGGAAAUGUGUGGAGUUGCUGAAAACCCAGUGGACGGAAUUUAGCGGGAUCCGAGACCAGCACAAGCGAGGCAGUUUGUGCAACUGCCUCUUCUCGAAUGCUCUUCUGGAACACAAGCUCUACGAAGCCGUGAAGUUCCUGAUGCUCUACCAGGUCACAGACAUGUACGAGCAGAUGAAGACUAAGAAGCCAGUGCCUCCUCUCUUCCGACUCCUCUUCUCCAGAGAAACUUCCUCGGACCCACUGAGCUUCAUGAUGAACCACCUGAAUUCUGUAGGAGACACUUGUGGGCUAGAGCAGAUCGAUCUGUUCAUACUUGGGCACUCCCUGGAAGUCAAGAUUAAAAUAUUCCGACUGUUCAGGUUUAACUCUAGGGACUUUGAAGUUUGCUACCCAGAGGCGCCCCUCCGGGAAUGGCCUCAGAUCUCCCUGCUGACCGAGAAUGACCGCCACUACCAUGUGCCCGUCUUCUAAGCCUGCAUGGACGGGCACUGGCUCUCUCGCCACCUCCAUCAACAGUGCUCAUCUGGGAGCAGAGAAGCAUUUCUCAGAGACCAGAGCUCAUGUUUUCGACCACCAAAGGUCCUUCUUCCUGGACCCCUGGACACUUAGCCAGCAGUGGGUGACACAUGGUCUGGGGGCCUCUCCCCACAGCUGCCUUGUGAGAUAGGCGGGGAUCUGAGUGUGUUUAAGGGAUCCCUGAGGAUCUUACACACUUAGUGUAAGUGUGGAGAGCACUCGGUUUGGAUGUUUCAUCUGGACAAGAAGCUACAGCUGGGAA